AUUGGCCACGAAUCUGCAGGGGGCGGCAUUGCACCAGCAGUUCACAAGAACGUAUGCUGUCUACAUUUAUCGAUGUGGAGCGGACAUGAUACGCUACUUUGUAUCAUGUCUACUCGCACAUUGAUAAAUAGGCCCCAAUGUCUGAUCUCUCUCCAAACUAAGCCUAUUUUGAUAGGUUGUGGUUUCAAACAACACACCCAGCUAUCUAAUUUACAAAAAUAAACUUAAAGGAACAAUUUAUCAUACAUUUCAUACUCUGCAGCUGGUAUAACAAGUCUUUAACCCUUGCAAAAAGUUAAACAUAUAGGUAAAGUCCUACUUGAGAUCCACAAGCAUUGCAGUUUCAGAGCUGGAAAAUGACAAUGAGCUAGAUAGGUACAGGAGUUGUACAACUCACCAAUCACUGGGUGUGUUCAGUUUAGAGUCUGCAAUGCUUGUCGCUUUCAACCAGCAUAUGUUUUGCUCCUUUGAAGGUCCCUGUGAUCAGUAAUACUAAAAUGACACUUUAUAACAAGAAAUGAGAGCAUACCAGCUUUGCUUUAGAAUGACCCUUCAAAAUACAACCUGGCAGAAAACUUGAGGUAUACAGCUGAGAAACACUUCCCAACACCUGCUGGAUUUGUCAUGGGAGGGUGUUGGACAACACAGGGGUUCAGGAGUGCAGUUUACAAAGGGUCUUGCUGUGUGCAGAGAAGCCAAAAUAAUAGACCUAUGGCAUGAGUAAAGACUGGGCAGUGCCCCUUUAACUUGCUGUUCCGGCUACAGUUUGAAUCUUUUGUUAUGUCCUUACACCUCUCAGGUUAUAUUUCCAACUACCCAUCUCCCCCAUCGUAUCCAUCUAACCCACGUCUAGUCCCAGUCCCAGCCCUAAAGUUCACUCAUAUUGAUGAAGAUGAUGGAAGAGAGCUGAGAGUGGUGGUUAACACCAAUGAUCCGGACUACGAACACGUUUACACUGUAGAAGAUUAUAAAGACAUGGACGAUGAAGAUGGAACAGAAAGUACGCUGCUGGCUGAUGGCAUGACCAUCCCACCAUCACCUGUAGCCAACAAGCGGAAAAAAAGAGAUACCUCACAGCAAGAUAUUUGCCACAUGCCCAUGCUAGAGGGAGAUUGUAGCAAGUUCACACUGAGGUGGUAUUAUAACCGCCUGGUGGGGGAGUGUCGCCCGUUUGUGUACAGUGGCUGUGGCGGUAACCUCAAUAGAUUUGAUGAGAAGGAGCUCUGUGAGCUUCAGUGUCUACAUUGGAAACCAGCAGAUAAACCACAGGAAGAUAAAAGCUAAGAAUGUCUCCAAUUGUAGAGAAAACUGUAUUAUUUUGUAAGAUUUGCCAAGACUGUGGUAAACACACACGCUGCUGGAUCCUAAACAGGAGAAUUGUGUUCCUGAGCUGUCACAUCUGGGAAAUAUUUGUGUAUUUUAUAAUAUUAAUAUAAUUAUCACAGCUGUAAUUUGUAUGACAUGGUGCAUAAUAGUUUUUUUGUAGAAAAGAAAUGGUGCUAUUUUUAUAAUAUUUUACAACCCAAAGUGAAAUGUUUUAUCAAGAAAAAGCAAGCUUGAUGCUGAGUCUGUACACUGCAAAUUGUCUUCAUUAUUCAUAUAGAUAGAUUUAUUUUUAAUAAUUGCUUGGAUGACGCCCCUUCGUAUUCGCUUGUGUACAUUCCAUAUAGCAACAUGUUGAUGAUAUUUUGGUUUAUUUAUAAGACAAAAAUAAGACAACAAAAAUCUUAGCAGGAAGAAAUGUUAAAUAAAGACAAUAGGGAUAUGGGAAACCAACAUUAAUUUGGCUAAAGUUUCACUGUAACUGGUGCUAAGGCUUGUAAGCAUGAACUGUAAAAAUGUGUCAGAAUAAGGUUAGGAUGUAAAUAUACAGUAUGUACUUUUAUAAUGCUUUAUAUUAAAAAUGGCUUGUCUGCCUGAAUAAUAAAAAACAAAAAAACAA